AUGACUAAAAUUGGAUCACCAUUCCAAGAGGAUCUAAUCGAGUACCUCUCCUACUACAGUAACCCUCUAUCCACAUGGAAGAAACUCAUCGAAUCGACCGAUUUCUCUACAGUAACCGAUCGAUUGAUUUUCUCGACACCCGGAUACCAUACGGAUCCCCAGCAAGUCUCCCGACUCGGUCAUCCGCGUCUUUCGACAAUUCUCUCGCAGAAAUUUCCAUUCGAUCCGAAAUACGAGCACACGGAUCGAUGCACAUUCAUUGCUCAGUGCUCGUCGAUCGGUUCGCUAGGCUCCGCCCCCUCUAGCCUGAAAAACGUCGACCAACUAAUGAUCCGAUCGUGGGAAAUCGGAGUACUCAUCACCGACCCCUCCCGCUUCAACAUUCCAUUCGACUAUCCGUGUGUACCGUACUCCCCGACUGACCGCCCGUUCACUACCGACCAGAAACAUGAACAACCCGAUAUAUUGGGCUGUGUAUGGAAUCCAUGA